AUGACUGCCCCUACAGCCAUUAAAAAGGCUCUGGUUGAAACAAAACCACAGGAAACCAACGAUGACGAGCUUUUAGUUGACGUCAACAACGUGCCACGUGAGGAGCCCAAGGCGGCAGCGGAAGAUGAGGAAAUGAAGGACGAUGAGCCCCAGCCUGAAUCGGUAGUGCUAGACGAAAGCGGAAAACCCAAGUUUGCUGCUGCUGGCAAGAGCGGCAUGAAGGUGAAGUUGGAAAGCAGAAAAGUGCCAAUUCCUCCUCACAGAAUGUCGCCUUUGAAGAACACCUGGAUGAAGAUAUACCCUCCUUUGGUGGAGCACUUGAAGCUACAAGUGAGAAUGAACCUCAAGACCAAGACGGUCGAGUUGAGAACAAACAAGCACACUGAAGACGAAGGUGCUUUGCAAAAGGGCGCUGACUUCAUCAAAGCAUUCACCCUCGGUUUCGAUGUCGACGAUGCUAUCGCUCUUUUGAGGUUGGACGACCUAUAUAUCGAGACGUUCGAAAUCAAGGACGUCAAGACCUUGACCGGUGACCACUUGUCCAGAGCUAUCGGCCGUAUUGCAGGUAAAGACGGUAAGACCAAGUUCGCCAUUGAGAACGCCACGAGAACGAGAAUCGUGUUGGCUGACUCCAAAAUCCACAUCUUGGGUGGCUUCACGCACAUCAGAAUGGCCAGAGAAGCCGUCGUGUCUCUUAUCUUGGGUUCUCCUCCAGGAAAGGUCUACGGAAACUUGCGUACCGUGGCCUCCAGAAUGAAGGAGAGAUACUAA